AUGGCCGCCAUGGUCGACACCGCUCGACCAGCCUUGGUGAGCGAUGCCGAUCUUUUGCAAGCGCGGGCAGCUCUCCAGCAUCAACAGAGUCCUGAAAUCUCCGUUCCCCGAGAGUUCAUCUCGCUUAUCGUCGACGAGCUCAUCUACCGCCGCGAAUCACAUUCAUCUGUCGCAGAAAUCGAACUCGAAUGCUCAAAUCUCCGGAAAGAACUCCGCAAACACACCCACAUCAAUGAGGCUUUUCAAAAGGAAUUGCGGGAGAUCGGCGAGAUUAUUACCCAAGUUGCCCAUGGCGAUCUUUCCCAACGGGCCAGGAUGCAUCCACUCGAGAUGUCACCUGAUAUUGCUACCUUUAAACAGACGAUCAACACGAUGAUGGAUCAAUUGCAAGUUUUCAGUCAGGAAGUGUCGAAAGUGGCCAGAGAGGUCGGCACGGAGGGUGUGUUGGGCGGCCAGGCGAAGAUCGAAGGUAUCCAGGGAAUCUGGCACGAAUUGACCGUCAAUGUCAAUGCCAUGGCAAACAACUUGACCACCCAGGUCCGUGAUAUCACCACUGUAACGACUGCGGUGGCCAAGGGAGAUUUGCAGCGCAAGGUGCAGGCGGAUUGCAAGGGCGAGAUAUUGUUGUUGAAAAAUAUCAUCAACUCGAUGGUCGAUCAGCUACGGGAGUUUGCGUUCGAGGUUAGUCGUGUUGCGCGCGAAGUUGGAUCGGAUGGUGUGCUAGGUGGUCAGGCGGUCGUUCACGGUGUGGAGGGUACCUGGAAGAAUCUUACCGACAACGUCAAUCGCAUGGCGUCGAAUCUCACGCAGCAAGUCCGCGAAAUCGCCGACGUGACGACGGCUGUUGCACGUGGCGAUCUCACAAAGAAAGUUACCGCAGACGUCAAGGGCGAGAUCCUAGAUCUGAAACUUACGAUUAAUGCAAUGGUCGAUCGGCUGAAUCAAUUCGCUUUCGAGGUCAGCCGAGUCGCGCGGGAAGUAGGAACCGACGGCACGCUAGGUGGACAAGCCCAAGUCGAGAAUGUCGAAGGUCGUUGGCGUGAUUUGACGGAUAAUGUCAAUACCAUGGCCCAGAACCUGACCCUACAGGUUCGACAAAUCUCCAACGUCACCCAGGCUAUCGCGCGCGGUGAUCUGAGUACCAAAAUUGAGGUACAUGCUCAGGGUGAAAUUUUGACUCUCAAAGAAACGAUCAACAGCAUGAUGGAUGGGCUAGGGGAGUUUGCCGGGGAGCUCAAGGGCGUGGCGAGAGACGUCGGUGUUCGAGGCAAACUCGGCGGCCAGGCGAACGUCGCGGGAUCGCAUGGAAUCUGGAGGUCCAUCAGUGAAGAUGUCAACACGAUGGCGGACAACCUCACUUCGCAGGUUCGUGCCUUUGGCGAGAUCACCGAGGCGGCGAUGAGCGGCGAUUUCACAAAAUUAAUUACCGUGUCUGCCUCCGGAGAGAUGGACGAUUUGAAACAAAAGAUCAAUAAGAUGAUUUCGAGCCUGCGCGAUAGCAUCCAGCGCAACACGGCUGCUCGUGAAGCGGCAGAGUUAGCAAACCGAAGCAAGUCCGAAUUCUUGGCUAAUAUGAGUCAUGAGAUCAGGACUCCAAUGAACGGAAUUAUAGGGCUCUCUAGCCUCGCCCUCGAUACUGAUGAUCUGCCAGCCCCCGUGAGAGAGACUCUCAAUAUGGUCCACAACCUCGCUAUCAGCCUCCUGACUAUCAUCGACGAUAUCCUUGAUAUCUCUAAAAUCGAGGCCAAUCACAUGAUCAUUGAGAAGACGCCAUUCAGUCUCGGCGCAACAGUGUUCAGUGUGUUGAAAGCCCUCUCCGUGGAAACGAACGAGAAAGCCUUGGGUCUUCUCUACACGGUUGACGGGGAAGUCCCCGACUAUCUAAUAGGAGACGCAUACCGACUACGGCAGGUUAUGUUGAAUUUAGUGGGGAAUGCCAUUAAGUUCACAGACCACGGCGAGAUCAAGGUCACGAUCAAGCGAGCACAGGAUGACAAGUGCAACUUUGACGAGACCGCAUUCCAAUUCUCGGUCUCAGAUCCUGGAAUCGGCAUUGAUGCCAGCAAACUCGGGUUGAUCUUUGACAAGUUCCAACAAGCUGAUGGGUCAAUGACCCGUCGGUUUGGUGGGACAGGCUUAGGUCUCGCAAUCUCAAAACGGCUCGUUUCUUUGAUGGGAGGUGAUAUCUGGGUGACUUCGAACGUGGGCGAAGGAAGCACAUUCUCUUUCACAUGCCGUGUGAAGCUGGCCCAGCCGCCGCAGAGCUUUGCAGACCAAGUUGUCUCUCAUCGCGGUCGGCGCGUUCUCUUCGUGGACCACGGUCUCACGCGCACUUUCUCAAUCGCCUCGAUGCUCAUGGAACUCGGCCUAGAUCCCGUCAUUGUGACAAAGGAGCAGCUAGCGUGUGGCCAGUUCAAGAGUGACUGGGGCCGCACAUUUGACGCAAUCCUCAUCGAAAACCUGGAGACUGCGACAAGAGUUCGAGCAUGCACGGACCUCCAACUCAUCCCACUAGUCAUCACAGCUCAGACUGUAUCUCUAGCCCUCAGAGCAGCCGGCGAACUUGGUAUAGCAUCGUACAUCACAGUGCCCUGCAGACCCAUUGAUCUAUGGCACGGGAUCCUCCCUGCUCUCGGCAACCGCCCAACACGUACUCCUUCCGGUUACACGCGCUCGCUGGCCAUUCUAUUGGCAGAGGACAACGAUGUCAACCAAAAGGUUGCGGUGCGCAUUCUUGAAAAAUUCAACCACAAUGUCACGGUAGUGGAGAACGGUCUGCAAGCCGUGGAAGAAGUACAACGACGCCGCUACGACGUGAUCUUGAUGGAUGUUCAGAUGCCUGUCAUGGGAGGCUUUGAAGCCACCGGGAAUAUCAGACAGUACGAGAAGAUGAAUGCACUUCCUCGCACGCCGAUCAUUGCUCUCACCGCGCAUGCUAUGCUUGGAGAUCGGGACAAAUGUAUACAAGCGGGCAUGGACUAUUACCUAUCCAAGCCGCUGGACUCUGGUCGUAUGAUGCAGACCAUACAGAAAUGUUCCGCUAUGAAUCCUGCACCUCUGCCUGUUGUUGAGAGCUGA